AUGUUGGGAAAAUGUUGGGAAAAUGGUGGGAAAAUGUUAGGAAAAUGUUGGAAAAAUGUUGGAAAAAAGUUGGAAAAAAGUUGGGGAAAAGUUGGGGAAAUAGUGGGAAAAGAGUGGUGUAAAGAUUGGGAAGAUAUUGGAAGAAAGUGGGAAAGGUUGGAAAAAUGUUGGAGGGAAAUUGAGGAAGGGAGGAAAGGGGAGAGGAAGGAAGACAGGACAGAGAAGGAAGAAAAGGGAGGGGAAGGAGGGAAGAGGGAGGGAAGGAGAAGAGAGGAAGAAGAAGGAGGAGAAGGAAGAGGAGGAGAAAGAGGGGAAGAAAGAAGAGGAGAGGAGAGGAGAGGGAAGAAGGGGGAAGGAAGGGAAGGGAGGGAGAGGGGGAGGAAGAAGGGAGAGAGAAAGGGGAGGGGAGAGAGGAAAGAGGGGAGGAAGGAGGAGAAAGAAAGGGAAGGGAGGAAGAGAGAGAAGGAGAAGAAAAGGGGGAGGAAAGGAAGGGAAGAAAAAAAAGAGGGGGAAAAAAAGGGAAGGGGAAGAAGAAAAAAGGGGAGAAAGGGAGCAAAAAGAGGAGAGAAGGAAGGGGGGAAAAGAAAAGGGAGAAGAAAAAGAGAGAGAGAAAAAAGGGGAGGGGAGGAAAGGAAAGGAAAGGAAAAGGGAAGGAAAAAAGCAGAGGGGAAGAGAGAAAAGGAGGGAAAAGGGGGGGAGGAAAGAAAAGGAGAGAAGAGGAGAAAAAGAGAAGAGAGGAAGGGAAAAGAGGGGGGAAAAGGAGAGGAGAGGAGGAAAAAAGGAAGAGGAAAGGAAAAGGGGGAGGAGAAGAGGGGGAGAAAGAAGGGGAGGAAAGGGGGAGAGGAGGAGAGGGGGAGAGAAAGAAGAAGAAGGGAGAGGAAGGAGAAGGAGAGGGGAGGAAAAAAGAAGGAGAGGAAAGGAGAAGGAAGGGAGAAGGAAGGAGGAAGGAAAGGAAAAGGAAAAGGGAGAAGAGGGGAGAGAAGGGGGGAAGAGGAAAGAAGGGAGGGAAAAAAAGGAGGGGGGAAAGAAGAGAAAGAGGAGAGAGGGAGAAGAAAGGGAGGAAGAAAAAAGGGGAAAGGGAGGGAGAGGAGAGAAAAAAGAAAGGAGAGGGGAGGGGAAAAAAAGGGGGGGGAGGAGGAGAAAAAAAGGGAGGAGAAAAAGGGAAAGAGAGAAAAAGAGAAAGGGGAGGAAAGAAAAAGGGGGGAGAGGAAAAGAAGAGAAAGGGGGGGAAAGAGAAGAGGGGAGGAGAAGAAAAAAGAAGGGGGAAAAAAAAGAAGGGGGAGAAAAAAAGAGAAAGGGGGGAGGAAAAAAGAAGGGAGGAGAGAAAAAAAAGAGGAGGAGAGAAAAAAAAGGGAGGAAAAAAAAAGGGGAGGAAAAAAAAAGGGGAGAGGAAGGGGAGGGGAAAGAGAAAAGGAGGGGGAAGGGGAAGGGAAGAGGAGGGAGAGGGAAAAAGGGAAGAGGAGGGAAAGGAAAGAGGAGGGAAGGGGAAAAGGAAAAGAAGAGGGAAGGAAAAAAGGGAAGGAAAGAGGAGGGAAAGGAGAAGGAAAGAGGAGGGAGGGGAAAAAGAAGAGGAGGGAAAGAAGAAAGAGAAAGGAAGAGGAAGGGGAGGGGGAAAGAAGAGGAAAAGGGGAAAAGAAAAGAGGGGGAAAAGGAAGGAAGGAAGAGGGGAGAGGGAAGGGGAAAAAAAAGGAAGGAGAGGGGAAGGAAAAGGAGGGAAGAAGAAAAGGGGAGAAAAGGAGGGGGAGGGAAGAGAGAGAAGAGGGAAGGGGGGAAGGGAAAGGGGAGGGGAGAAGAGGGAAGGGGGGAAGGAAGGGAGAGGGGAAGAGGAGAGAAAAGGGAAAAGGGGGGAAGGGGAGAGGGAGAGGAGGGGAGAGAAAAGGAGAGGGAGGAGGGAAGGGAAGGGGGGAAGGGAAAGGAAGGGAGAGGAGAGAGGAAGGAAAAAAACAAGGGAGGGAGGGAGGGAAAAGAAAGGGAAGGAAAAGGGAGGAGGAAGAAGGGGAGAAAGAGGGGGAAGAAAAAAAGGGAAAGAAAAGGGGAGGAAAAAAGGGGGAGAAAAAAGGGGGGAAGAAAAGGGGGAGGGAGGAGGAGGAAAAAGAAAGGAAGGGGAAAGAGGGGAGGAAAGAAAAGGAGAGAGAAAGGGAGGAAGAAAAAAAAGAGAAGAAAGAGAGGGGAAGAGAAGAAAGAAAAACGAAGGGAAGGGAAAAAAGAAAAGAAAGAAGGGGGGAGGAAAGAGGGGAAGAAAAAAAAAGGGGUGGGAGAGAGAGAGGAAGAAAAGAGGGGAAAAGAAAAGGGGAGAAAAAAAGAAGGGGAGGAGAAAAAAGAAAGGGGGAGGAAAAAAAAGAGGGGAGAAAAAAAAAGGGGGGGGAAGAAAAAGAGGGGAGGGUUAGGGGAGAAGGAGAGGGGAGGAAAAGGAAGGGGGAAAGAAGGGAGGAGGGAGAAAGGAAGAGAAAGGAAAGGAGAAGAGAGAGGGAAAAGAGAAAGGAAGAGAAAGGAAAGGAGAAGAGAGAGGGAAAAGAGAAAGGAAGGGAAAGAAAGGAGAAGAGAGAGGGAAAGGAGAAAGGAAGGGAAAGGAAGGGAGAAGAGAGAGGGAAAAGAGAAAGGAAGGGAAAGGAAAGGAGAAGAGAGAGGGAAAAGAGAAAGGAAGGGAAAGGAAAGGAGAGGGGAAGGGAAGAGGAGGGAGGGGGAAAAAAGGAAGGAGAGGAGAGGGAGAGGGAAAGAAGAAAAAGAGGAAAGAAGAAGGGGAGGGGAAAGAGGGGAAGGAAAGAGAAAGAGGAGAGAAGGGGAAAGGAAAGAGGGAGAGGGGGAAGAGAGGAAAGGGAAGAGGGGAGGGGAAAGAGAAGAAAAGGGAGGGGGAAAGAGGGAGAGGGGGAAGAGAGGAAAGGGAAAAGGGGAGGGGAAAGAGAAGAAAAGGGAGGGGAAAGAGGAAAGAGGAGGGAGAGGGGGAAGAAAAAGAAGAGGGAGAGGGGGAAAGAAAAAGGAGAGGGAAGGGGGGAAGAAGAGGAGAGAGAGAAGGGGAAAGGAAAGGAGAAGGGAAAGGAAAAGAAAAGAGGAGGGAGGGAAAAAAGGAGAGAAGGGAAAGAGGAAAAGGAAAGGAAGAGGAAGGGGAAGGGAAGAGAAGAGGGAAAGGGGAAGGGGGGAAAAAAGAGGGGGAAAAAAGGGAAGGGAAAAGACAAAAGGAGAGGGGAAGGAAAAGGAGGGAAGGGGAGAAGGGGAGGGGGAGGGAAAGGAGAGAAGAGGGAAGGAAGAAAAGAGAAGAGAAAGGGAAAGGAAGGAAAAGGGAAGGGGGAAAAGGGAAGGAGAAGGAAAGAAAAGAAAAAGGAAGGGAGAAAAGGAAAGGAAAGGGGAAGAGGAGAGAGAAGGGAAGAGGGGGAGGGGGAGAGGGAAAGGAGGGGAGAGAAAAGGAGAGGGAGGAAGGAAGGGAAGGGGAGAAGGGAGGGAAAGGAAGGGAGAGGAAAGAGGAAGGAAAAAAAAGGGAGGGGAAAGAAAGGGAAGGAAAAGGGAGGAGGAAAAAGGGGAGAAAGAAGGGGAGGAAAAGAAGGGAAAAAAAAGGGGGAAAAAAAGAGGAAAAAAAAGGGGAAGAAAAAAGGGAGAAAAAAAGGGGAGAAAAAAAGGGGGAGAAAAAAGGGGGAGGAAAAAGGAAGGAAAAAAACAGGGGAGAAAAAAAGAGAAAAAAAAGAGAAGAAAAGGGGGGAAAGAGAGGGGGGAGGAGGAGGGGGAGAGGGGAGGGAAGAGGGGAGAGGAAGGGAGAGGGGGGAGGAGGGAGAGGAAAAAGGAGAGAAGAGAGGAGGAGAGAAAAUUACGGGUCUCAGAGGCGAAAAACGGUCAGCCUUAGGGUUGGGGUUUGCCAUGGGGUCAAGGGUUUGCCAUAGGGUUGGUUUUUUUUCUUUUUAA